GCCUCCGAACUGCAGCCUACUGAGCUGAAGGCUUUGACCUUGGCUGGCAACGAUGUCUUGAUUGGCAAGACCGAGGCUGGUGCUCUCUUCUGCGUUGGCAACUUGUGCCCUCACAUUGGCACUCCCAUGAGUGAGGGUGCGGAUGUCAUUGGUGAUGUGAUUGUGUGCCCUCUGCAUGGCUCCUCCUUCAAGGUGACCACUGGUGAGCUCAUCGACUGGUGUGUCUCCCCACCCAUCAUUGGCCCUCUCACCGGUUUGAUCGUUGACAAGAAGAACCUCUUGAUCUUUGAGUGCCGCCAGGGUGGCUUCUUGGGCUCCGGUGAAGUGGAGGUGCUUGUGGACACCAAUGCCAAGAAGGCCUACGAGGCGGGCUACUGGAAGGGCUUGCUGGAUGUGGCUUUCGUCGCACCCGUGGUCAAUGCAGCAACCCAGGCCCCUGUGCAGAGCCCUUUGGCCACGCCAGGAGCCCCCGCGCAGCCUAAUGGUAGCUUCAGCACCAAGGCGGCCAUGGCCCUGGGCGCCCUGGCAGCCUGCAGCCUAGCCACCAAGCGCACCGCACGCCGGGCCCAGGAGAUGGCUACUUUGCCGAAGCACAUGCAGCCAGUUGACCCUGCGAGCUACCCGAACUACAAGCCGGGCCCAUCUGGUGUGCCCAUGAUGCCCCAAGUGGUGGGCGAUUGGGCCACGCCUGUGCCAGGAAGCUACAAGGCCUGCUUGACUAUGGUGGGACCUGACGUGGAAACUGGCAGCGAGGUGGGCAAGCCGUGGGAUCCUCUUGGCUUCAGCAAGCUCUACGACCGCAACUUUGACUUCAAUGACAACAUGACCUACCCACAUGUGCAGUGGCUACGAGAAGCUGAGCUGAAGCACGGCAGAUGCGCAAUGCUGGCAAUUGUCGGCAUUUUUUGCGCAGCAAUCUUUCCACAUCGAUGGAUACCCAGAGGCACCCUGGUAUGA